UCACGUCGUCGUCACUCUCGUCGUAGCUUUCCGUCGGUGCUGACCUAAAACUGAAGGAACGGAUGCUCUCGAGACUGAAUAACAAGAGCAAGAAGAGCACAAUAUUGGAUAUGGAAAAUCGCUGCAUAUAUUGCGGAAAAAUGCAAUUUUCCUUCAAAAUCUUGCAGUGAACCAUUGGAAUAAUCAGGGAGAACAGUGUAAAAAUAGCUGCAAACGCUUUUCGUCUAUGAAACGUGCCGUGAACAGUGAAUUUGGGCGAACAUUUUGGUGGUGAAAGUUGUAAAGAAAAUUGUCUAGCUCGAAUGGCGCAUUGCAGAUAUUGGAGUUGAAAAAUCUGGUUGACUGGCAGCAGAAAAAUUGAAGUGACACUUCAUAUUAUUAGCUCAUAGCUAGAAAUUUACACACAGAUAAGGCUCUUCGCAGUUAUUCAAGUGUAACAGAGCAGUAUCGACACGGAAGUGAAGAGGCAUACUUGAAUGAAAAAUAAAUCAACGAAUGAGCAACACCAGAAAGAACUGCUAAUUUAAUCCAAUGAGAAAUUGAUUUAGUGCAAAUGCUUCUCCAUCGAGUGGCGGAUUUAAAAUAGCAUCACCGGAACGAACCCUCUUCGAUACAAAUUCGCCAAGCAUUAGGAUAACCAAAUUUUCUACCAAAGUGCAAAUAAAUCAAAAUACCAGAUAGUAAUGGAAAAGAAGCACUGGAUUCUGAUCCCUCUAGUACUAGUUGGAGUGUUUUGGUUUUGGAUACCGCAGGUUUCAGCAGAGUGCCAAACUCGGUCAAUAUAUUGCUACGAGUGCGACAGCUGGACGGAUGCACGAUGCAAAGAUCCAUUCAACUACACAGCCCUACCUCGCGAUCAACCGCCACUGAUGACGUGCAAUGGAUGUUGUGUCAAAAUGGUGCGACACUCGCGAACGCCUUAUGAGGUUGUAAGACGGAUGUGUACAUCACAGCUACAGAUAAACUUAUUUAUGGUAGAUCACGUGUGUAUGAUGGAAAGUUCAGGCAAUGGUCAUAUGUGUUUUUGUGAGGAAGAUAUGUGUAAUUCAAGCCCUAGUCUGUUCGUUACCUACUAUAUCAAUGUGAAAAUAUGUAUCAGUAGUAUGCUUGCGGUAUUUCUGUUGAAUGCUGUACAAAGGGUAUAUCGGUAAGUCGAAAAUCUACGUUUUGAUCCACCUCUUGAAACCGGAUAGAAACCUUUUUUUCAUAGUCGGUAGAUAAACAUUCGUCAAAGGCGUCCCUGAAUUCGAACUGCUUGUUGAAAGCCAAUUGUACUGGAACAAUACAGCUUACACAAACAUUUGAAAAACAUUUAAAAAAAUAGCAGCAUUACAUCUCCGAACUGAUCACACAAUACAAACCUAAGCUGUUAAUCACACUGAGCUAAGAUUCUUCUUCGUUAUUUGAUGGGUCUUCUAUAUUUAAUUUAAAUCCCAAAGCUUUAAACAGAAUUAGUAUAACAUUUUAUCUCGAACCUCGUAUUGAAGUGAUCCAAUCUGUUCGGUAAAACAGAGCAUCACUACUAAAGAAUUGCCAAGUUUUGUACUCUCUUUGAAUUUCUUAAAAUGUUCCUUGUUCAUAUCCUCCAAUCCAAUAAUUCGUUCUUAGAACCCUUAGGAAUCAUAUAAGAUUAAAUUUUUACUUUCAUUUCUUAAUACCUAACUUUAAUCAAAAAACUAACUACAAUAGACUACUGCAACCCAUUUACGUUUCCCAUUUAACUCCACAUUGAUACAUAACUCACAUUUAGUGUAAAAUCUUUUGAUGAAAUAGUAAUUGCAUGCAAGCCUACGAUAUGUUUGAAUUCGUUUCAUAAAUUUCACCAGAAAUCUGCUAAUUGUCCAGUCACAUAGUUCUUGUAUCCAGUUUGAAUUUACUUUUGAAGAUAUGUUUACAUAGGAUCAAAUUUCUACUAACAUAGAUAGAUACCAAGUUAAUGAUUGAUGAACCUUUGUUUCUUUACUUUUAUUAUAAACCUAUUAAUCAUCCAGACAUGUUUGAGAUGAAUGCCAACGAAAUACAUUAGCAACGCUGUAAACAGAAUUUAAAUGAUUAAGUGAACUGUAGCCUAGCAUAAUACAAGCCUGUCUCUAAAUAAAAUAUUAAUAUUAGGAACAGCUGUUGAAAUGUAGAUCUUGUUCCCUAUUUUUUCACUCAUAGGGCGUUUUGUAUUGACUUUUUCACGAUGAGAUUUUUUCUACCUGCUUAUUUAAUACCUUAGCUGGUAAAACUUUACCGCAAUAGCUAGUGUUGGGCAUUGAUGUUUCUAAUUUUGCUGAAAAUAACACUCAAAUGUAUAAAGUUGUGAAUAGUUAGCUACUACCUACUCCAAGAAAAAACACGCAAAAACAGGUUACUCCCAGUUUAAUAGAAAAUCGCCAUUUGACAGACUUGAAAUAAGAAGUUCUCAGAAACAGAUAAAAAUAGAUAUGACAGCAUUGAAAAAAAGAAAAUAAAAGCAUCAUUUCAUAUGAACAAGUAAAUCAACUUGAUCGAUAUUUGAGCAUUAUAUGAUCCAAUUGCACCAUUUCUCUAAUUCAUGAUAGAAUAACCAAGGUUCUGCAUAUACCAAGCAAGUAAACCUCGUGCAAACUGAAAUCACAAUUUUCUAACAUUUAAAACAAAAUUAGCAUGACAAACCAGAGUGUUAUAAUUAUAGUGAGUUAUUCACUCAUGAUUCUCACUUCAACUGAUUAUUUUUGGUGAAGCACAGUCAGGGGGCUAAUUUAUUAUUCCGGAUCACUGUACUAAUUUUCCUACAUUUCCUUUUUGGGUUAGUUGUUUUUGUAUGUAAACUUUCGUAUGUAACAAAAAAUGCUUCUGUAGUAACGAAAAUCGCUACUUUUCAUCUGAUAUGAUUUUAAAAGGUUAUUAUAUUUUAACAUGUAUCCAUGUUUGAAACAUUUGAAAGCAUGAUGCAUAAGCAAAUGCGACCAACCUUCACGGCGAACAUUCGGAACUGUUAAUGGGACCCACCACUCCUUGACCGCAAGAAUGCCUGGUCUUUGACAGUUCAGUAACAAUGGUACAAUAUAUGUAAACAUAAUAUAUAUGUUUUGCUUAUCGUCACGAACUGGAGUUUUUUGGAGUAGGUAUAAUUCCACGUUCUUAGAAUCAGAGAUUUUUAUGAACAUAUUAAAAUCUAACGAAAUUGAAUAUUUACUUUUUAUACCCGUUAUCACAUUGUUCGAAACAAAGAGCUAGUUGACAUAGCAGAUUCCACCAGGAAAUAUUCUAAAAGACACGAAAAAGAGGCAUAUUAUAAUAAUAAUCAAAGCAGAAAAUACCACUAUUACUGGUAAUAAUGAAUACAGACUGCAUUAAAUACAAAAGCAUACAGAAUCUGUAUAUAUAUAUUAAAACAAAAAUGAACAUUCUUUGAUUUGUAAAUAAUUAUUAUUUUCAAAUUUCGCUCCGCCCACAUGAAUAGUUCUACAUAGUACAGGUAGUUUUCAAUACCACCCGGUUUACUGUAAUUGGUGUAGCAACAGUUGCAUGCUAUUAGUACUCAUUUUCAAAAAAAACGCACCAAACUCUUCAUCGAUAAAAUGUAUUCUCAUUCAACCACUGUCUAAUAAUCAGAUAUAAUCAUAGUAUAUGAUCAAACUUUAUUCAAUAAUAGCAUAUCUGAUGUUUUGCAUUUGUAGGUCCAGUUCAUCUUAUUAGGUUUUGUUCAGCAAAUUAGCUUCUAUUUAUGCUAUGAUGAGCUAAAACAAUCAAUGCAACGAUUCACUUCCGAAAUUUAUGUUGCAUACAGUAAAUAGUAAAGUUAAUAACUCAUUUAUAAAAUAGUGUUUCUUGAAUUACUUAUUUCUGCGUUUUAUAAUAGUAAUCAGUAUAUGAUAGUAUACGUAUCUUUGCCAACAGCUUUAGAUAUAAAACAUUUAGUUAACAAAUUUGGAGAAGCGAUGAUUUGAGUUUUAGUUGUUCAGCUCAUUUGUAUUCAUUUUUUGAUGAUGUUUUUAAAUGUCAAGGUUUUUGUAUUAGUUCUUUUGAUAUUUGUGUUAUUUGCAAUCAUGGUCGCUUCCCGUUACCUAAUACAGAACUGGAUAAUUAUUCACCAUAUGAUUAUAGUACAUUCUGGAAAAUACUCACUUUAUCCAGUUUGGAAUUGAUUGCUUAUGAGAAAUAUUUUCUAUUAAUGAUAAACAAAAUUCCGUCCGCGAAUGAAGAAUAAUUACACUAUGAAACCCAACAAAGCAACGCUUCGCUCGAUUUGGAAGUUUGUAGACUAUUUCGUUUGAUAAAUGAGAGAAAAAUAAUUCAGAGACCAAUGAAAAACGACUAUCCUGAUAGUGGUGAUAAAUAGAGAAAAAGAUAACUUAUUACGAAGUAUAACUCGCAAAUCAGUCCACGUACAGUUUUCAAUAAGAGUAAAAGGCUAUUUGACGAACCAUAAGGUGAAAAAGCUGAAUGAUUAUUGAUUGGCGAUGAAAAUAAAUAAACUCGAAAGGAGUAGUUUUUUGAUUUUUAAUUCCACAAGUGCGUACAACAUUCCAACCAAUAUUGUAUGCGAUUGAUUUGGGAAGUUCAAAAAGAUUGAAGUUAUAAUAAAUAAAAACGGAAGAUUGUGAAAUACUUUGAGAAUAUUAAAACAAAAAGGAAAAACAUGAUAUACAAACAUUUUUGAAACAUUUUACCAAACCAAACGAAAAUAAAUAUUCGUGAUAAUAUUUAGAAAUUUGGAACAAUACUAGAAUAUUCAAAAUAAUGAGCAAAAUAUAAGCAUUUGAGCGUGCAAUAAAAAAAUGCCAAUACAACUGAAAACUCAUUUCUAUUCUGUUAUCGACUGGUAUUUGUUUGUGUCCCUGUUCUGUUUGAGAUACUGCACAAUAAUUUGUUUAUUUGUGAGCCAAAAGACAUCUCUAACGGUGUGCGAGAAUUACCUGACAUUUCAAGAGACGAGUAAAAUAUUGGACUCAUCUGGACCUAGCAAAUAAUUUAGAACACUGAGAGUCAACGAUCGGUUUGUUCUUAUGCGAGCUUUUUCAAUCAUAAAAUUUAUAACCCAAAUAUGCUCUUUCUAUUUAAAAAUUUACAUUCGCGCAUAGAGUUUUUCUGAACCUGGAGACGACAGAUUACUUGUAAUUAUUGAAAGUGUAUUCAUGUACAAAGGGAAUAUUUAUUAACGUUAGUUAUAUUCAAGCUACAAUACUGUGAUUUCACUUUGAAUUUACUAAGUCCAGUUUCGCCUACAAUUUCGUUUCGUUUUCGUUUUUAAAUUGCACUACACUGAUGUAGCGAAAGCUGCACUGAAACCGUUCGUUUUUACCAAUUACACUACACCAGUGCUACACUUUUUCUGCACCGAUACCACUGGUGUAGCACUCAUCAAAAGAUUGGUGUAACUCUGUGCAAUGGAAUCGUUUAUUGUGGUCAAUGGUUGCUGUUUAUGUUUUCGUCAUAUUUGUUCGUUUAUUCAUGCCUCAGUGUAGCACGGCACCGGUGUAGUGCAAAUUAAAAACGAAAACGCCAUUAAAUAUCUGAUUCAAGUUUGGAUGUUUUUGGCUGAAUAGCAGAUUACCUCAGACUUACAAUAAUUCUUUAUUCUAUUGCAAUACUCAGAACAAAGGCUCAGUUUUUCUCUGUUUUUUUAGCUUGACUAAAAGAUUAAAAUCACUAAUAUCAAUGUAUCGGCUCCAAGACCUUUAAGGCUCAACUACAGCUUUUGCGUAUUUGUGAACUGUUGUUACUACGCAAAUAAAACAAGUUCUCAGCUACAGUGUUGAUUGAUGUUCUCCAAGUAUUAUCAAAAGUGAUUACAAUUGUUGUAUUACCUCUGAUACCUUAAAUUCAUCAUCCGAGGUUAAAGUCAUCGUACUUCCAGUUUUCUGAAAAAUAAUAAUUUUUCUUAUGUUUAACCGAUUCCCACCGUUCGAGGUUCCUAGUUCUUCCCCGUCAUCUUUUUGUGGGAGUAAAACAUCGGCAUCUAAUACAUGAAUCUAAGUAUCCGGUUAUAUAGUUAAGCAUGCAGGAUUUUGAGAUGAUGCUCAGUUUAAUGCUGUGACGAACAGAACUUAAAUAAGCUGUAUACUAUUCAAUAUCUAACCCAUUUGUGCUCGCCAAAUGUUUGAUAUAAAUUUUGUAAUGCCAAAACUGAAUGUUUUUUUUUAAUAUUUGCACUUUUUACCCAUUAUUCUAAUCACGAUAAGCUUACUCGCCGCAUGAUGCGCUUGAUUAAUCGCUUCAGUAUUCCUUUGUGUUGCAUGUCAUAAUACUUUGUUCUAAUAAUAAAAGUGAUUCAAAGAUGUACAAAUUUUGUCCAUAUCACUAAUAAUUUCUAGCUUGAUAUGUUUUAACACAUUAUGAUAAUGCUGUCUUAACGAAAACUACGAAAUAUCCAACACAUUUUAAACGAGGCUAUUGAUUACAGUAAAACUUUACUAGGGACGUCCUUAUCGAAGAUAUUCGUCGAAUUCUAUGCUAUCUAUUUUAGUAUUCACUAAAUGACAAACGUUCCUGGUCAGCAGGAGUUGACAAUACUUGCAGGAAAAGCUUUAUUGGUAACUUCAAUUCCUUACUUUUUUGUACUAGUAUUCAAUUGACUGUCUGUUUUAAAUUUCCGCCAUACCCAAUCCGAAGAUCACAAAAAAAACUAUCAAAAUUAUGUCUCACGGUUUUCUAUUCAUUCUUUUAUAGUUUUGUUAUUUCCUGUCUGAUCGGGUAUGGCUGAUUAUAAAAAGUAGGUGAGAACGAGAGUGAAACACAACAAACAUAAUAAUUUUUUAAGACAAAACACAUAUUCAUUUGUCGUUAGAAUUAUAUCAUAAAAUAUUCAGUUGAUUUAUACCAACUUUUAAAAUUUUUUUGCCUCAUCUAUAAAAGCUGACAAUAUUUUGAUUUUUUUUAUUAGAAAACAAACAACAAAAUCAAGCUUUUAGUUUUUUUUUUAUGAUUAGUAAUUUAAACUUUAAAGAUUAUAUUCGAAAAACUAGACACACAAGAACGAUCGCCUUAACUUCUGUUCAAUUUUUCCCAACAUUUUUCUAUAAGGUUCCAACGUUAUAGCAUAAUCGAACCUAUUCUUUGCCAUGAAAUUGCUCGUUAGAUGUUUGAUGAAUGAUAAAAUCAAAUUGUUUUGAAAGUUUUCCGUAACUUUUCCUAUUCAGUGGAAUCGCUUGUAUGAGAAAUACACGCAGAAUUGAAUACCUUAUGAUCAAAAACGAACCGGAAUUUUCAUUUUAAAAUUCCCGCGCUUGUCCAAUCGGUAAACUUUUAUUCUCUCAACGUUGGCAACACUUUUAUACACAUUCUGUCAAAUUUUGACGCAUAUCGUACGAUUAGUUUUAGUUUGGCGUCUAUACAAAGAGGUUGAAAAAUUUUCGUGUGGCGAUUUUUAUAAUGGAUGAAAAUUUAGAACAACGUGCGUGCAUCAAAUUUUGUGUUGCAAAUGGAUUUAAGUGUUCCGAAACGUUGAAAAUGUUGGAAAAGGCCUUUGGUGAAUCGUGUCUAGGAAAAACACAGGCAUACGAGUGGUAUAAACGCUUCAAAGGUGGUCGUACAAGCUUGGAUCAUGAUGAGAUCCCUGGCCGCCCAACAACAUCUGUUACUGAAGAAAACAUUGAUUCGGCGAAGCAAAUCGUGUUGCAAAAUCGUUCUGUACCGAUUAAAGAGAUUGCUGUGUUGUUGGGCAUCUCUUAUGGAUCAGCCGAACACAUUUUAACUGAUGUUUUGGGUUUGAAACGCGUCGCUUCUUGGCUGGUGCCAAAAAAGCGUGCACCACGAUAAUGCGCCGGCUCACACAGCGUUGGUUGUGUCGCAGUUUUUGGCCAAAAACUCAACCAAUAUCAUCAACCAAGCACCGUACUCUCCAGAUAUGGCCCCGGGUGACUUUUUUUCUCUUCCCCAGACUCAAAUUGCCAUUGCGGGGAACGCGUUUUGAGACCAUAGAGACCAUAAAAGAGAAUUGGCUGCGUGAACUAAAGGACAUACCUUCGGCAGCCUAUAAAACUUGUAUGGAAAAUUGGAUCAAGCGUUGGCAUGCAUGUAUUGCCACAGGAGUACUUUGAAGACGAUUAUAAAGAAAUUUAUUAAAAAUUGAAAUUUUGCGUUUUUUAAUAAAAUUCCGGUUCUUUUUUGAUCAUAAAGUACGUGUUAUUCGUUAUCUACGUGUAGUCCAGAGCCCAAUAUUGAGUCAACACCUGAAGAGAUUCAAUAUUUUCCUGGUUUUCACCGGAUCUGCGGAUAACGUUUCCUGGUACUUGAAUGGCUUGAAUUACAAGGGAUACGUUAACAUAAUGAGUUGAUGUUCCAACGUCUAUGAAAGCAGUCAUUUUCGUAAUCUUAACUAGCAAAAAAGUCGUAUGUGUAGAAAAAUUUCGGUAAUCAAUAUACGGAAAAAGUUACAAACAAAUAAGUGUGUCUCAUAUUUCUCGAAUACAGUCUUUAGAAUAUAAAGCAUUCUGUGUAAAUUUGCAUAAGAUACAAGUUGAUGAGAUUUAUUGUUAAGCUAGUCUAUUGUACAUUUCAUUUUUAUCUCGAAAUUUCAUUCAUUGCUAGUUGCAGAUUCCUGUGAGACCAUCGUAAUUACAGGUACAAAAUAAUGUACAUAGUCAACGAAAAACGAAGAUUGAAUUAUGAUAAUGAGUGAAAUUUCAGUAGAACAAAUUCCACGUCGUCCUGCUACAAUGAUAUGUAUUGAUAGACAGUGAAUUGAACGCUACUUAGAGUCGGGUGAUGAUACUGUCAUUCAACACAUUUCCAUAAUCCUCAAACGCUGUUUACUGUUUUGGUUUUUAAAACAUCUUCAAUGACUUUGCAUUCACUCACAUUCACGUUGCAAACACAGAGAAAGUCCAAUUCUCGCAUACUAUAACCUCUUAUAUUCACUCGACAUCCACGACAUCCGUCAUCGAUUGGAAAAGUGCCUCAAGAAAGGUCACGAGCGACCAAACAUUGAACGCGGUUCAAACAUCAGCGAAAAAAAAAACAGAAUCUGGUAGCUGCAUCAGUGAGUGAAGCAAACUUCGUGAUAGUAGGAUAGAAUCCUAAGGUCGUUGAAAACCGGCUUUGACGCAAAACACCGAGUUUCUCGUAGAAGAUCUUAUAAUCUGGAUGAUUUGAUUAUGAAUAGAGUGUAAACCGAAACAUACCCUCUGUAACACGUUCCCGCAGCUAAGGAAUAGAAUAACAAGGUAAACAUAAGGUUAAUCCGUAGGAUGUCCGCGACUGCAUAAAUGUUCUUACACACAAUUCUACCGGAACUAAGAGUACCAUAGAGAAAGUAUAUAUGCACAUAACUAGAUAUGUUAACGUAAAGAAAAUGAAGCACAUAUAUUCCUCACAAAAUGAAAAAUGCAUCGGUGUUUGUGUGAUAAUAUUUUGAAGCUCGACCUGUUUAUAGGUUAAGCAAGCGAAACCACCAGAUAUUGACAGAGAAACAUUAAAGUAUUUUGAACAUUUAUAUUUCUUCAGUUUAACUUAACACUUCCCACUCUUGAGUUUAAUUCGGAUUUCAGUGUGAUUCGAAAUAAAUUCGAAAAUCAUCUUGAUCUCCGGAUCAAUUUCCAAUCGAUUCGACUGGGUUAUUGCGACCAUUAUUAUAAAUAUUCAAAGAACUUAUUUGGAUUGAGCUGUUGUUGGAUACAAACUUCACAACAUUACAGUCUAAAAAUUAGUUUUAGAUGUAAUAGUCAAUCAUGUACUUUUUAGAAUGAAGCACGAAAAAAAACUUUCACCUCGUGACAAGUUUUGUUGGUGAAUAAAAUGCGUUACUUUGAAAUAUUUGGCUUGACAAAUCACUGCGAGCACAAAGCAAAUAUUCCAAGUGAUCCCUUUUUAAAAAUGCAAUAAUACACGGCUAUAGCGACGGUUGGGUGUGUACUUACUGUACUUGCAUCAAAUGGGCAGACAUCUUAGUGAAAGAGCAGUUUUGAAACUACUGUACCUCAAAAUACAGAUGCUGACAUAUGGUUGUUUUCUAAUUUUACUUUUGUUAUAUCGAUAUAAUUUAAAUGAAAUGAUUGUUUAAAACUCAUCAAACGACGAGAUUGAUUGAUCAACGCCUUAUGCUCGCAUCCAACUCUGACUGAUAGAGUAAAUCAUGGAAACUUCACACUUUUACGAAAAUGUAUCUCAGCAAAAUGUCCUGUGGUUUCGCCUAUCUUCCGACACCUGUAUAGAACUGCUUUUCCACACGUAAGAUCACGGCCAUGACAUUUUUCAUUAUAUUGACACAGUUUAUUUUAUGCGUUAUGUAUGAUAGCGUAAAAGUCAACCUACAACUGAAAUAUGCAAAAAUAAACACAUCAAUUACCAACGCUGAAUAUCAAUUAGUGAAUGAUAGGAAAUUCAAGAUUUAAAAUAAUAAUGAAAACGAUACUAGAAUUUAGAACAAUAUAAGGCACUGAAUUUAGAACAAUAUAAGGCAACUCCAUUUUCUAAUAAAGUUUUAUCAUUUUUUUUAAAUAAUUUCCUUUAACGUUAAAAUUGAACAAAAAAAAUAUUGCUCAUAGGAAGCAACGGGAGAAUUCUGGAACUUGCAAAGCCAAAAGUUGAUAGCUUCACACUUGUAAAAAAUUAAUUCACUUUCUUUCAAUUUAUCCCGAACAAACAAAUGUUGUUGUAUAUAAAUAUUAGUUAUGUUUCAAUCGAAGUUUUUUUUAAUUUUUAUAAGCUGAAAUUUUCAAAUAAUAGUAGAUCAACGACAUGGAGAAACAAAACACAAUAUGAACAAAGAUGUUGAAUCUAAAGUUUUAAUGUUUCGGAUAAGAUGUUACUGUAAACUAAGCGAUUUGGAAUUUAUAAAAAAAAACAAAUUAUGCAGAGCUACGACGAAAUUUUAAAAUAAAUCUAUUUCAACCGUUAUCCGAGCAAACUAGGUAGCAGAGCUAAUAAAAAAAAACAUCUGAACACAAUUAUACUACGUGUUAAUAAUGGAAUAAACUCUGAUGAUAAAAUGCUUCCAAACGACUUUAUUUUGUCACUGCAUAUCUGGCACACCACCAUGAAAAUAUUCAAACUAUUCAUGUUCGUGUAAGUGCGUUCUCGUUGAAUCGAUGUUGCUUAAAUUUCCCAUUUUUUAUCCAGUUGCGUUAUCUACAAUCAAUGGUUUAUUAGCAACCAUUAUUUGAAUAAUAUUGAACCUUAGCAUGAUCAAUGAUUGAUUGUCUGUGCCUGUUACUAUUUAUGUUGCUUAAGUUGAUUUCUUCGUAACAAUUGUAGACAUACGAUAAAUUUCGUAGUCGGAUAUGUAUGAUAUUGUCAAUGAACUGUCAGUAUCUAUUCAACUUAUUUUAAUUAACGAACAUCGUUCAUAGACUUUAUUCAAGAAUAGUUUUAUUAAUGCUUUGUAGCACAACGAAACCCUUAAAGAAUUUAUUCGAAGGAAGGUCAUGAGACAAUUGGGUCGUUUAUAAUAUGACAGGUACGGUGCAUUUCACACAACCUAUUUAGAUUCGAAGUAUUUUCUAACAUGGGAAAUUUUUUGUUGUUCUUCUUCCUUGGUGUCUAUUAAAACGAAUCUUUACAACUCAACACUUCUUUGUAGAAGGUCAGACUAGAAAAUCAAUUUCUAAUUUACUUUAAUAGUUAUUGAGGCAUAGGCGAACGAAAAUUCCUUACAAAUCAAAAAAAAAAAUUCUGAAAGAGUGUUGGAUUGUUACUGAUUACACUGGUGUGGGUUAGUAAACAUUUCAGUAUACCUAUUUCUCUUUCGUUGCCCAAUUGAUUUUCGUUAUCUAUUUUGUUUUUUGGUUUCUGGCUUUUUUCUUCAGAUAGUUUUAUAUAUGAUAUGUACCGUAACAAUCGUGUGUGUAACAAUAAGGUUUAUGCGAAUAAGGCUCUUGAAAUAAAACAUAUAACGUAAUACUGUAAUCAAUAAGGAUAUGAAAAAAGGUAUGCAGCAUUUCGCCUAAAACGUGUAUGGAGAGAUAUCAAUAUUUCAGCUACACAAACAGCAUUGUUCUCUAAAAUUCCGUCAAUUUUAUUAUUUUCAGCAACGCAACAAGCCAAACAUAAAUCUUCUGCCAACUUACUGCUUUCUUUUAAAUCACUUUGUUGGUUGAAACAAUUACAUAUUUUCUAAACUGCAAGCCUUUCACUUUUUUCGAUAUUUAAACACAAAUCAGCAUUCAGUGAAUUUUCAUUUGCAAAGCGUUAAUUUUAUAGAUAAAAAUUCUAUUACUGCCUUCACGCCCAACAGUUAUUUGGCGUUAUUGCUUGAAAUAGUUCCAUUUCCAAAUUGAGAACCUUCGUUCAAAGUAUCGUUCAUAGAAGUUCGGCCUUUCAGAGUUUUUAAAAUUGUAAAACGUAAAUUGUAAAUGUUAACUAAAAUACCUGGAACCUUCAUUCCGUUAUUGCUGAUUCUAUCAAAACUGAGUUUUCAUUACUUGUGGAAAAAAAUGAGGCAAAACAUAUCAAGAAUUGAAAGAAAUAAGACACCAAAAACAUUUCCAACGGCAAUCGGGUUUCCUAAUCACGCAAUUUUUUAUUUAUAAUCUAAUUUAUUUCGUUCGAAUAUUGAAUAUUACGUUAAUAUUUUUCGGCAUUCCCAUUUAACAAUGUUAAUUUAGUUUAGCUAGGCUCGAGCAGGCUGUUAUCAUAACAAUGGCGGGAAGCUUCAAAACUAUACGAGAGGAUGUCGCAUCCGGCUACCAGACGGUGAAGGAAAGAGUAGAUCAAGCGGUAAUUGAGUUCGUUUUUGACUCUAAUAUUGAAUAAAUUGUUAUAAAAACA